AUGACAAAGAAGAAUAUGUCAUUGGUAAAACGUACAUCGAAUCGAAUAGUAAUACGAUCACGUCUAUCACCAACAGAUAAUGUAGCGGCGGAUGAACAGCCAUCAGCACUUUCACCGCUUCAGGCUAACGUACUUUGGAAUUAUCCAGCACUGGAUUCAUUUUCUAAACUUUACAUACCUGGAGGACAAAUGGAUUUGGAAUGGCAGCCAUCGGUUGCAUCAAUUUUCAAAAUUGUAUUUUCCGUUAGAAUUUCCGCCGCAAUGUGGAGUAUAAUAAGUGAUUGCGAUGAAGUAUACAAUUACUGGGAGCCGCUUCAUUUAUUUCUCUACGGUACCGGUUUUCAGACUUGGGAAUACUCACCUGUUUAUGCUAUACGAUCAUAUUUAUACAUAUUAAUGCAUUAUGGACCCGCUGCAAUACUGAAAACAAUAUUUUUUGCUAACAAAUCGAGCGUUUUCAUUACAAUGCGUUGCGUACUGGGAUUGUUUAAUGUAGGUGCUGAAAUAAAAAUGUAUAAAGCACUUUGUUCACGGUUCGGAAACGGUAUUGCUCGAAUAUAUGUUGUGUUAACAUCACUUUCAGCUGGAAUGUUCAUCGCAAGCUGUGCAUUUCUUCCAUCAUCAUUCAGUAUGUCAGCAAAUUUGUUUGCUAUUGCAGCAUACAUCAAUGAAGAAUGGUUGCUAGCAAUAUCGUUUACCGCGGUGAGUGCAUUGGUUAGUUGGCCAUUUGCAGCCAUACUUGGUUUACCGAUUGUUCUGGAAAUGUUAGUUGUUCGACCUCGUGAAUUAGCAUUUACCUUUUGUAAUUAUGCAUUAAUUGCUGGUUCCACUAUCGUUAUAGCAUUGGUUACUGUUGAUGCAUAUUACUUUGGUAAGAUCGUUUUGGCUCCGUUAAACAUUGUUCUGUACAAUGUAUUUUCCUCACAUGGACCAAACCUGUAUGGUAUUGAAGAUGUAAAAUUUUACAUCAAGAAUUUAUUGCUUAACUGGAAUGUUAUUAUUAUCCUAUUUCCGUUUUCGGUACCGUUUGCAGGCUUGGCAUAUGUUUUGACACGUUCAUCUCGGCAAUUAGUUCACUGCAUAGCUCGAGAGAUGUCAUUGGUUUAUUGGAGACGUUUUUUACCAGUUCUUUUUAUUUUCCUAUCAGUUAUGCUGUGGUUUGCAGUAUUUUUCUUGCAACCUCAUAAAGAGGAACGGUUUUUGUUCCCAGUUUAUCCUCUUUUAGCUGUUUUAGCAGCCGUUACACUUGAUGCUUUGCCUCGAGUUGGCAUUUAUCUGCUUGGUGGUAGAUCACGAAGCUUUUGGCAAGCAUGCGUUAUUGGAUGGUUGAUGAUAUUCUCGGUUAUGUCUGUUUCCCGUUCAGCUGCACUUUAUCGGAAUUUCUUCUCUCCAGUGGAACUUUACAAAGUGCUCGACAAACAUAUGCUUAAUUACACUAAUCAUAAUGAAUUAUUUAGUGCUGAAAAUAAUAGCAUGGUGAUACAUAUUUGUAUCGGUAAGGAAUGGUAUCGAUUUCCAUCUUCUUUCUUUCUACCAUCCGGUAUUAAAAACAAGAAAAAUCAAGUACUGGUUGCGGAAUUGAAUUUCAUAAAAAGCGAAUUUACUGGUUUGCUACCAAAACCAUAUAUGAAAGGUUUUUUGCCCGAAGUCACACGUGUUAUACCAACAGAUAUGAACGAUCUCAAUCGGGAAGAAAUUAGUCGGUAUAUAGAUAUUGGACAGUGUGAUUUUUUGAUUGAUUUAGAAACUUUGGACACUACUGUACUUGAGCCCAAUUAUGCGGAACAAACAAACAUUUGGCGCUCGGUAGUGAAGAAAAAAUUUCUGCUGUCAUCUUAUUCUCAUCCGGUUUAUCGCUCAUUUUAUAUCCCAUUUAUAACCGGUUCUAACAAUGUUUACGGUAACUAUCAUCUUCUCGAAAGGAUCCAUAAUGUUCAUGAUAACACAAAAUCAUAA